AUGAGUUCAACUAUUAUCAUUAAAAAUGCUGGAAAGACUUAUACUAUUGAGGUCAAUGAAAACAGCAAUGGUUUAGAAUUAAAAGAAAAGAUUCAAGAACAAACAUCUAUUCCUCCAGAUAGACAAAAAAUUUUGGUGAAAGGUGGUAAACUAAACGAUGACACUUUAUUAUCUACAUUAGAUUUUAGUAAACCCAUAAUGGUGUUAGGAUCACCAGAUAAACUUUCUAAACCAAUUGAAAAACCAAAAUUUAUUGAAGAUUCAGGAGAUAUUACAAAAGUUGACAAUAAUCCAUUGGGUAUACCAAAUUAUGGAAAUACAUGUUAUCUCAAUUCAAGUUUACAGAUCUUGUAUCAAAUUGAUGACCUAAAGAAAGUAUUAGAAAAUUUUAAAGGAUCUGACAAUUUAACAGUCUCAUUAAAAAAUUUAUUUCAACAAUUAGAGAAAAAACAAGGUACUAUUAAUAUUGGAAUGUUUUUAACAAUAUUUAGAAGUAUAUAUCCACAAUUUGCAGAACAAAGAAAUGGAGUAUUUGCACAACAAGAUGCUGAAGAAGCAUAUUCACAAAUUUUAACUACAUUAAAAUCAAAUCUAAAAAUUGAUGAUUUAUUUAAGAUAGAAUAUAAUGUAGAGACCAAAUCAUUGGCUGACGAUGAUGUUUCAUAUAGUUUUGAAGAUGCAUUCAAAUUAAAUUGUCAUAUAGAUAUUAAAACAAAUUUCUUGAGAGAUGGUAUUAUUAGUGGAUUAACGGAAACAAUAACCAAACAUAAUGAUGCAUUAGAUACCAACACAGAAUAUCAAAUCACCAAGAAAAUAACAAGAUUACCAAAAUAUUUAACUGUACACUUUAUAAGAUUUUUUUGGAGAAGAGAUAUAAACAAAAAAUCCAAGAUUUUAAGAAAAGUUCAAUUUCCAUUUGAAUUAGAUUUAUCAGAAGUUUUAGAUGAAUCAAUUAAAGAAGAUAAGAACAAAGUCCGUGAUCUAAUUAGAAAAGUUGAAAAAGAUAACUUAGACUUGAAAAGAGAUUUUAAAAAAGCCAAGAAAGAUUCAAAUGAGGAUGAAGAAUUAAAAAUAGCGUCAAUAAGAAGUAAAUUUCAAGAUGAUUUAAGAACAAACAUUCCAAAUGUAGAUUUUGAAAAUACAACUGAAAACCCAUCUUCAGUUUAUGAAUUAAAUGCAGUAAUAACACAUAUGGGAGCAAAUGCAGAUGGUGGACAUUAUAAGGCAUACGUGAAAGAUCCAAAUGAUUUAGAAGGUGAAAAUUGGUGGUUAUUUAAUGAUGACAAAGUAAGCUCAGUAUCAAGAGAAAAAAUUGAAACUUUAUCAGGUGGUGGAGAAAGUGAUUCUGCAUUAUUAUUAAUUUAUAAAGGUUUAGGAUUAUAA